AUGUGCAUCGUAUCCACCGCGGAAAGUACAAGUUUUUCCGCUUGUUCGCUCUGCGUGCGAGCCGGCAGCUUCUUCGAACCGGAUCGCAUACCCGGCCUAUCGCACUACGUCGAACACCUUCUCUUCCAAGGAUCUCACAAAUACCCCAACCCUUACGGUCUGUUGGACGAGCUGACGAGGGUCGGGGGCUGCUGUAACGCGACCACAGAUGCCGAGCACGUUAGUUAUUACAUGCAAUUGCCGACCGACCGAAUACGAGAAUUCCUCGACCAGUUCGCACACAUGUUUAUCGAUCCGAUCAUCAAUUCUAAGGGUUUGGAUUUCGAAAGAAAAAGGGUGGACGAAGAAUUCGGGAGUGUUCUUUCGUCGGACCAACUAAGAGCCGAACAAGUACUUGCUACAACAGCGUCACGAAAACAUCCAGCAGGGAAGUUUACAUGGGGCAACUGGAAAUCUAUACCGAUUGGAUCGGAUAGUGAAUCAGCUGUUGUUAAAUUUAUAGACAAAUUCUAUACGGCUGAUAGAAUGACAUUAGCAGUUCAUUCGUCUGAAAGUAUAGACGACAUAACUACAAUGGCUAUCGAAGCUUUUUCUGGGUUACGAUCGAAGAGAAAAAAUACAGAUAUUUCGUUUAGCAAAACCGCCUUUGAUUCUAAAAGGUUCCAAAGGAUGUUUACGAUUUUGCCCGAGGAUGAGAAUUUAAACGCCGUACACUUGAAUUGGCUGGUGCCGUCCGUUUAUCCUCACUACAAAAGCCGCCCUCUCGAGUUUGUCGGUCGGCUGUUGGAUUUACAAUACUUGUAUGCUCUGCGCCGGGAUUUCAUUGACCGCGGAUGGUCGGCGGUGAACGUGUGGGCUGGCGUGGGGCCACAGCAGUUUCGGUCCAACACGUGGUAUGCCAUUUUCACGGUGCAACUCAAGUAUCUAGACACGACGACCGACGAGAAAUUGCCAGACAUUGUUCGCCGGGUGUUCGACUACUUGGCGACCAUUCGGGCGACAGUGGCACAAUCGCCGUACGUUUACCGUGAAGUGAUGGCCGAUAUGGAUUCCUAUCCCAUCCAUCUGGUACCGCCUCUUAACGCUGUAAUUCGCAUCGCAAAACACAUGCAAUACUACCGGCCGCGUGAUUAUCUCGAGCAGUUCGGCCAGGUGUUACCCGAUUUCAAGACGAUUACAAGGUACAUUGAUCACAUGAAAGCCGAUCGAGUAUCCGUCACAGUACAGUCGCGUCGCAUGGCCGAACGCAUACAUCUAGACGUGACCGAACCGUGGUUUAAUACCAGAUACAGGGUGGACGACAUACCGAAGCAGUGGCUUAAGUCGUGGAAACAAGCCGCACGAGACGAUAGCUUUUUUUACUAA